AUGCAACAACCGUCUCCCAUAGCGGAGACCGAGGCUCUGCUCGCUCGCCUGUCAAUGCGCCCUGGCGUACAGAGCACCCUCAUACUUUCAAGGCAGUCCGGGGCCAUUGUUCGCUCUUCUGGCCUGAUCACAGCUGAGGAGCUUGCACAAGAAGAAGUGGCGCCUUCUACGACUAAUGGAACGUAUGUUAACAGCACAGAUGGCGAGGCCGUCAGGAAGCAAGGCACCCGCAAUGCCGAAGAAGUGGCACAGUCUGUCUGGACAUUCAUGAAGAGCGUGGGUAGUAUGAUUGAAGAACUCAACGGCGACCACGAUGAGGCAAAGUUGUUGAGAAUCAGGACGAAGAGAAAUGAGAUCGUUGUUGUACCGGAUGCGAAGUUCUUGCUGGUCUGCAUCCAUGAUACGCCGCCAGCUUAG